AUGCACUGGCUCAAUCGGUGCUGGCUCCUGGUGUUCCUGCUGGCUUCCCGUCACGGCACUGGUGCUUCCCCGCUGCCUGGUGCAGAGCCGCAUCACGUGGUAUGGGAAGGGGUGAACUUGGAGGUUUCCAGCAACAAACCAUCCGAUGGUAGCGGCAGGCGAACGGCGAUUCUGCAGGGAGUCAGCGGACACGCCUUGCCGGGGAGACUUUUGGCUAUCAUGGGACCCAGCGGCAGCGGUAAGUCGUCUCUCCUGAACGUGCUUACGGGACGGGUGCCGGCGGCGAGACAGAAGAGGCUCGAGGGCACGGUGGAGGUGGGCAAGAUCCCCCUCGACGACUUCGACACGCAGCGCUAUGUGGCGUAUGUGAGGCAGGAGCAGGACUUCUACCCUUUCCUCACAGUAAGAGAAACCCUACUACUUAAGGCUGGCUUGCGCCUUGACAGGACCGUUACCCACGCACAGAAGGAGGAAAUAGUGUCGGCGACCAUGGACAAGCUAGGCUUGUCUCGGAGUGCCGAGACGCUGGUGGGAGACCUGAAGACGCCCGGCAUUUCGGGAGGGGAGAAGCGAAGGCUGGCGAUGGGUAUUCAGAUGAUCGGGCUCGAGGCGCCAUCAGUGAUUUUGUUGGACGAGCCAACCUCCGGGCUUGACUCGCACCAGGCGCUACAGGUGAUGUCAACAGUGCGAGACCUCUGCCUCGAGGGCCACACGGUCAUUGUGGCGAUACACCAGCCUCGCUCCUCCAUCUACGCGCUCUUCGACGACCUGCUUCUCCUCAGCGAUGGGAGGGUGAUGUACCACGGCUCGAUGAACGACGUGCUGCCAAGGCUCGCCUCUCUGGGACACAAGUGCCCGUCAAACUUUAACCCGGCAGACUUCAUGGUGGAUUUGAUCAGCGCCGCUGAUUGCGACAACAGCGGGGAGAUGCAGGCGAAGGUCGAAGUUCUCGGCAAGUUGGCCGAGGCGGCCAAGAAAGACUGGGAAGCAAACUCUGCCCUGCGCUUGCGAGAUUCUGAUGGAGGGGAGGGACGUCGGUGGUGGGAAGGGGGGACCGGGGACGAUGGCGAAGAACGAGAAUCGGAAGACGUGCCGCAAUCUGAGGGGGCUCUGCGGAGCGUGGGAGUUCGACGCGAAGAGGGGCGCGGCAAGCUGGCUGUCGUCCCGGCGUCGUCGUUGACGGUUUCUGAGGCAUGGGGAGGGAGGCGAAGAACUCGGAGGAAGAGGAAGCGGAGGAGGAGGGCGGUGAGCGGCUGGGGAACGCAGUUCGGCCUGCUCCUCAGGAGAUCUUGGAAGCAGGCCACCCGUGACAAGUUCGCCGCUGUGGCAAGGGUGGCCAUGGGUUUCGGCCUGGGAGGCAUGUUCGGGUCGAUAUUCUGGAAGCUCGGCCUGUCGGAGAGCUCCAUCUCCGGCCGGAUCUCGCUGUACGUGAACGUGGCCAUGAACGUGGCCAUGCUCGGCUGCAUCCGCGCGCUGCAGACCCUGGCGGUGGAGACCAGAGUCAUCAAUCUCGAGAGGAUGGACGAGGGGUACAGCGCCUCUGCGUACUUGGCGUCCAAGAUUUUGGCCGAGAUGCCGACGGACGCGGUUUUCCCUCUCAUCUUCGGGACCGUAGUGUACUUCAUGGCCGGGCUAAACAGUCCGUUGGGCGGAGGCCUCAAGCUCACCAGAUAUCUGGCGACGCUGCUUUUGCAAGCUCACGCUUCAUCAGCUGUGGGCCUGAUGGUGGGGUGCCUGUCGCCUAGCAUGGAGGCGGCCAACCUCCUCGGCCCGGCGGUCAUGGUCAUCUCUCUCAUGUUGUCAGGGGUGCACGACAAUAUUCCCCCUUACCUGGCCAAGCUCAAGACCUUCUCCACCGUCAACUGGGGGGUGCAAGGGAUUGUGACGAACGAGAUGAGAGAUAUCAAGUUCAUCCCGGACGGAAAAGUCCUCCUCAACGGCUGGAAGCUGGGCACCAAGAAACAGGUGAUACCGGGGGAGGAUGUGAUGGGCAAGAUGGGCUUCGAGGGGGAAGGGCUCGGCAAGCCCCUCAAACGAUUGGUUCAGCUGUCCUUCGGCUGCCACUUGGUUACUCUUGCCACCCUCAUGGCGGGCGUUCCAAGGUUCCAGCGGUUAGACGCAGGUUGUUCCGAGUCUUCGCCACCACGGUCGACAUCGUCAUCGCGCAACAACCGAAAUGCGAGCACGUUGGCUGCUACUAGCGAUGGCGCUGAAGAGAGAUAG